UUUUUACUAAUAUUUUAACUUUAACAUACUGUAGAUUGCAGUUCCUUAUAAAGUUUAUGGAAUAACUCAAGAUCCAAAAACUAAGAACUAUAUGGUGGUUUUGAAUUAUAUAUGUGAAAAAUGUAAUGAAGUGUGCAAUUCAAUGUAUUUUCAACAAAAUUUCAGUGAUUGGACCAGUGGUAAUAAUGAUAUUGAUAAAUUUAUUCAAAAUUCUCAACUAUCAGCUCAUGAUGAUAUAAAGAGGGCAUUAGAAUGGAUACCUUAUAAUAAACUUUAUAAUAUUAAAUAUAUUGCAGAUGAUAAGUUUGGCAAAAUGUAUGGAGCAAGUUGGACUGAUGGAUGUAUAAGUGAUAAUAGUUGGAACAAUAGUUGGGAUAAUGAAAAUCAAAAUUGGAAAAGAAGAGAUCAAAAUAUGUUUGUAAUUCUGAAAAUUUUAAAUAAUCCAACAAGUAUUACACCAGAAUUUAUAGAUAAGAUUGCAAUACCUCAUGAAGGUUACGGAAUAACUCAAGAUCCAGAAACCAAGAAUUAUAUAGGGAUUUUUAAUGAUAAAUAUGGAAAAUAUGUGCAUAAUGCAAUGUGUUUUCAGCAAAAUUUCAAUAAUUGGACUAGUGGUAAUAAUGACAUUGAUAAAUUUAUUCAAGAUGCUCAAAAAUCAUAUACAAAUAAUGUAUUAGAAUGGAUACCUUAUGAUAGUUUUUAUGAUAUUAAAUAUAUUGCAAAAGGUGGGUUUGGAAAAGUAUAUAGAGCAAAAUGGAUUGAUGGUUAUAUAGAUAAAUGGGAUGACUAUGACCAAAAUUGGAAAAGGAAGGAUCAAAACAUGGUUGUAGCUUUGAAAAGUUUAAAUAAUUCAAAAAAUGUUACAUUGGAAUUUAUGAAUGAGAUUACAUUACAUUACAAAGUAAAUUCGUACAAAUGUAUUAUUAAACUUUAUGGAAUAACUCAAGAUCCAAAAGAAAAAAAUUACAUUAUGGUUUUAGAUUAUGCAGAGCAUGGGAAUUUACGAAAUUAUUUAGAUAUAAAAUAUAAUUAUUUAAAUUGGAAUAAUAAGAUCAGUUAUUUACAUAAAAUUGCACAUGGACUUAGAGAUAUACAUGAAAUAGAAUUAAUUCAUCGAGAUUUGCAUAUUGGUAAUAUAUUAAGGCUUAAAAAUCACACUUGUAUAACUGAUAUGGGAUUAUGUAAACCUGCAGACUAUAAUGCACCUGAGAAUGCAAAAAACAAAUUAUAUGGUAUAUUACCUUAUAUUGCGCCUGAAAUUUUACGUGGACAAAAUUAUACCAAAGCUGCAGAUAUUUAUAGUUUUGGUAUAAUUAUGUAUGAAGUAAUUUCUGGAUUACCUCCAUAUUAUGAUGUUGGUCAUGAUAUAAAUUUAGCAGUGAAAAUUUGUAAAGGAUUUAGACCAAGGUUUAACAUUAAAGUACCCCAAUUGAUUGUGCAUCUAAUUAAAAAAUGCUUGGAUGCAAAUCCAUUAAAUCGACUAAAAGCAGAAGAAAUUGAAAGGACUUUAAGUCAAUGGUUUAGAGAAUCAUUUGAUCCUGGAUCUAAUAAAUAUGCGGAGAUAAACAAUCAAAUAAAAGAAGCAGAAAUGAUUAAUAAAAAAUCACCGAUUAAUAGUACUAAUAGUCUAGGAAUAUCAUAUAAAACACAUUCAGAAGCAAUUUAUACCAGUAGAUUACUCAAUUUUAGUAAUCUUCCUGAGCCAAAAAAUUCUGAUGAUUAUUAUGAAGAAAAUGAUAAUAUAAUUAGCAUGAAAUUUUCGGGUAUUUAUUAGUAAAAAAAUUUCAUUGUCCGGAGCGAAGCUUAAAGGACUAUGUCAAAAAUAGUGUCACAUGACGAUAUGCCGUCACGUCAUUGAAAUUUCGCUGAAAAUAAAUUGUGAUACACCAGAUAAACAAGAUAAAGAACCUUUUUUUUUUUGUUCCGGACUUAUAACGGUUUCCGUUUCCUAGUAUUAAUUAAAACAAUAAAAAGAUAUUAUUGGGCGUUUUUUAUAAAA